AUGAAGAUAAAGCAUCUGAAAGAUGAUGACAACUUUUCCGAUGUGUUUUGUGAAAACUCCAAGAAGCUUAUCAAUGUACAUUUGUUUGCCCUGGCUGCUAAGUAUUAUUCUUUGUCCAACCUUGGAGUGUGUACCCCAUUAGAAGACUUACUUGAAGCACUGAGAGGAGACAAUCAAGGAAAACCAGGUGUGAAAACUGAUGAGUUUAUGAAUAAUAAAAAAUCUCAUGAAGUGCAGGUGAUGUCAGAGCUGGUAGACACAAUAGCGAGUUAUUGUGAUAUAAAGCAGGUGAUUGAUAUAGGUUCUGGAAAAGGUUACCUGAGUUCAUUUUUGUCCAUGCAAUAUAACUUAAAAGUUUAUGGAAUUGACUCCUCAAACACCAACACUAAUGGUGCUCAUGAAAGGAACAGAAAAUUGAAGAAACACUGGAGAGCAUAUCAGAGUCGAGCAAGAGCAAACGUUGAAAGCCAGAGGUUGGAAAAGGCAAAUGACGGGCCAGUGCAAAGUGAAAUUAAGUGUGAAGCAGUCAGUGAAAAGCCCUUGAAUAAGAACAGCAGUCUUCAAUGUCAAGGCCAAGUGACUAUUCAGGAUUUAGUUCCUUCUUGUAAUUUCACAGAAAUAGCUACAUCUGGAACGAGCAAACAGACUGAAGUUGAUUUGGUGACUCGGACACAGUCUGAUGAGGACAAACUUUCUGAAGAGGCUCUUGCUGUUCUAAAUGUUCUGCCUGCUGAUGCUGUAGAACUUUUUUCUUCAUCUCGGUGUAACAAUGGGGAACUCUGUAAGGAGGAAAAGGCACAAAGAAAAAUGGCAUCUCUCAAGGCUCAGGCGAGCAAGUCAAGUGAAUCAAACCUGUAUCUUCCAUUGACCUGUUGCAUCACUGCAGAAACAGAACUCAGUGACAUCAUAACAGAUCUGGAGGACUGUAUGAUGGUGGGUCUACAUACAUGUGGUGAUCUCGCUGCAAAUACGCUACGAAUUUUUACUGCCAAGCCUGAAAUCAAAGCAGUUUGCAGUGUGGGCUGCUGCUAUCAUCUAUUAUCAGAACAGUUUGAAAACCAAGAAGAUCGCCCAGAUGAAGUGUGGGGAUUUCCCAUGUGUCAGUACUUGAAGGACAAGGGGUGGUGCUGUGGUCGCAAUGCGAGAAUGUCAGCAUGCUUGGCUUUGGAGCGAGUUGCAGUGGGCCAAAUCCUGCCCACAGAAUCAUUGUUUUACCGAGCUGUUCUUCAAGUUAUUAUAGAAGAAAUGUAUGGUGUCACCAAAAGUGAUCGACAUGUUGGAAAAACUUUCUCCAAAUCAUCCUCCUUCAUAGAUUAUGUCAGAAAGUCUCUGAAAAAGCUGGAAUUGGAUGAUUCAAAGCUCCCAGACAGCUGUAUAAUGGAUUACUAUGAAAAGUACAAGCACAGAAUGAAUGAGCUUGAAGCAUUUAAUAUGUUGAAGGUUGUUCUGGCUCCCUGCAUAGAAGUUUUGAUACUUCUGGAUCGUCUUUGUUACCUCAAGGAGCAGGACAACAUUGCCUGGUCUGGUCUUGUGAAGUUAUUUGAUCCUGUGAAAUCCCCCAGAUGCUAUGCAGUUAUUGCUCUGAAGAAACAGUCAUAUUUUUAA